AUGUGUCGCGUUUGCUCUGGCAACGUUUGCGAAACACGUUCAUGUGGCCGCGGUCCGCUUUCACACCCUGUGGCCGCGGUCCGCUUUCACACCCUGUGGCCGCGGGCCGCUUUCACACCCUGUGGCGACGGUCCGCUUUCACACCCUGUGGCAACGGUCCGCUUUCACACCCUGUGGCGACGGUCCGCUUUCACACCCUGUGGCGACGGUCCGCUUUCACACCCUGUGGCGACGGUCCGCUUUCACACCCUGUGGCCGCGGUCCGCUUUCACACCCUGUGGCCGCGGGCCGCUUUCACACCCUGUGGCGACGGUCCGCUUUCACACCCUGUGGCGACGGUCCGCUUUCACACCCUGUGGCGACGGUCCGCUUUCACACCCUGUGGUGACGGUCCGCUUUCACACCCUGUGGCGACGGGCCGCUUUCACACCCUGUGGCGACGGUCCGCUUUCACACCCUGUGGCGACGGUCCGCUUUCACACCCUGUGGCCGCGGGCCGCUUUCACACCCUGUGGCGACGGUCCGCUUUCACACCCUGUGGCAACGGUCCGCUUUCACACCCUGUGGCGACGGUCCGCUUUCACACCCUGUGGCGACGGUCCGCUUUCACACCCUGUGGCGACGGUCCGCUUUCACACCCUGUGGCGACGGUCCGCUUUCACACCCUGUGGCAACGGUCCGCUUUCACACCCUGUGGCGACGGUCCGCUUUCACACCCUGUGGCAACGGUCCGCUUUCACACCCUGUGGCAACGGUCCGCUUUCACACCCUGUGGCGACGGUCCGCUUUCACACCCUGUGGCGACGGUCCGCUUUCACACCCUGUGGCCGCGGGCCGCUUUCACACCCUGUGGCAACGGUCCGCUUUCACACCCUGUGGCGACGGGCCGCUUUCACACCCUGUGGCCGCGGGCCGCUUUCACACCCUGUGGCGACGGUCCGCUUUCACACCCUGUGGCCGCGGGCCGCUUUCACACCCUGUGGCGACGGUCCGCUUUCACACCCUGUGGCAACGGUCCGCUUUCACACCCUGUGGCGACGGUCCGCUUUCACACCCUGUGGUGACGGUCCGCUUUCACACCCUGUGGCGACGGUCCGCUUUCACACCCUGUGGCGACGGUCCGCUUUCACACCCUGUGGCAACGGUCCGCUUUCACACCCUGUGGCAACGGUCCGCUUUCACACCCUGUGGCGACGGUCCGCUUUCACACCCUGUGGCGACGGUCCGCUUUCACACCCUGUGGCCGCGGGCCGCUUUCACACCCUGUGGCGACGGGCCGCUUUCACACCCUGUGGCGACGGUCCGCUUUCACACCCUGUGGCGACGGUCCGCUUUCACACCCUGUGGCGACGGUCCGCUUUCACACCCUGUGGCGACGGUCCGCUUUCACACCCUGUGGCGACGGGCCGCUUUCACACCCUGUGGCGACGGUCCGCUUUCACACCCUGUGGCGACGGUCCGCUUUCACACCCUGUGGCGACGGUCCGCUUUCACACCCUGUGGCAACGGUCCGCUUUCACACCCUGUGGCAACGGUCCGCUUUCACACCCUGUGGCGACGGUCCGCUUUCACACCCUGUGGCCGCGGGCCGCUUUUACACCCUGUGGCAACGGUCCGCUUUCACACCCUGUGGCGACGGUCCGCUUUCACACCCUGUGGCGACGGUCCGCUUUCACACCCUGUGGCAACGGUCCGCUUUCACACCCUGUGGCAACGGUCCGCUUUCACACCCUGUGGCGACGGUCCGCUUUCACACCCUGUGGCAACGGUCCGCUUUCACACCCUGUGGCGACGGUCCGCUUUCACACCCUGUGGCAACGGUCCGCUUUCACACCCUGUGGCAACGGUCCGCUUUCACACCCUGUGGCGACGGUCCGCUUUCACACCCUGUGGCGACGGUCCGCUUUCACACCCUGUGGCCGCGGGCCGCUUUUACACCCUGUGGCGACGGUCCGCUUUCACACCCUGUGGCGACGGUCCGCUUUCACACCCUGUGGCAACGGUCCGCUUUCACACCCUGUGGCAACGGUCCGCUUUCACACCCUGUGGCGACGGUCCGCUUUCACACCCUGUGGCAACGGUCCGCUUUCACACCCUGUGGCGACGGUCCGCUUUCACACCCUGUGGCGACGGUCCGCUUUCACACCCUGUGGCGACGGUCCGCUUUCACACCCUGUGGCAACGGUCCGCUUUCACACCCUGUGGCAACGGUCCGCUUUCACACCCUGUGGUGACGGUCCGCUUUCACACCCUGUGGCAACGGUCCGCUUUCACACCCUGUGGCGACGGUCCGCUUUCACACCCUGUGGCCGCGGGCCGCUUUCACACCCUGUGGCGACGGUCCGCUUUCACACCCCUGUGGCGACGGUCCGCUUUCACACCCUGUGGCGACGGUCCGCUUUCACACCCUGUGGCGACGGUCCGCUUUCACACCCUGUGGCGACGGUCCGCUUUCACACCCUGUGGCGACGGUCCGCUUUCACACCCUGUGGCAACGGUCCGCUUUCACACCCUGUGGCAACGGUCCGCUUUCACACCCUGUGGCGACGGUCCGCUUUCACACCCUGUGGCAACGGUCCGCUUUCACACCCUGUGGCGACGGUCCGCUUUCACACCCUGUGGCGACGGUCCGCUUUCACACCCUGUGGCGACGGUCCGCUUUCACACCCUGUGGCGACGGUCCGCUUUCACACCCUGUGGCAACGGUCCGCUUUCACACCCUGUGGCGACGGUCCGCUUUCACACCCUGUGGCGACGGGCCGCUUUCACACCCUGUGGCGACGGUCCGCUUUCACACCCUGUGGCGACGGUCCGCUUUCACACCCUGUGGCGACGGUCCGCUUUCACACCCUGUGGCGACGGUCCGCUUUCACACCCUGUGGCGACGGUCCGCUUUCACACCCUGUGGCCGCGGGCCGCUUUCACACCCUGUGGCGACGGUCCGCUUUCACACCCUGUGGCGACGGUCCGCUUUUACACCCUGUGGCGACGGUCCGCUUUCACACCCUGUGGCAACGGUCCGCUUUCACACCCUGUGGCGACGGUCCGCUUUCACACCCUGUGGCGACGGUCCGCUUUCACACCCUGUGGCGACGGUCCGCUUUCACACCCUGUGGCGACGGUCCGCUUUCACACCCUGUGGCGACGGUCCGCUUUCACACCCUGUGGCGACGGUCCGCUUUCACACCCUGUGGCAACGGUCCGCUUUCACACCCUGUGGCGACGGUCCGCUUUCACACCCUGUGGCGACGGUCCCGCUUUCACACCCUGUGGCCGCGGGCCGCUUUCACACCCUGUGGCGACGGGCCGCUUUCACACCCUGUGGCGACGGUCCGCUUUCACACCCUGUGGCGACGGUCCGCUUUCACACCCUGUGGCGACGGUCCGCUUUCACACCCUGUGGCGACGGUCCGCUUUCACACCCUGUGGCGACGGGCCGCUUUCACACCCUGUGGCGACGGUCCGCUUUCACACCCUGUGGCAACGGUCCGCUUUCACACCCUGUGGCGACGGUCCGCUUUCACACCCUGUGGCGACGGGCCGCUUUCACACCCUGUGGCGACGGGCCGCUUUCACACCCUGUGGUGA